AUGUGCCAUACAAUUACACAACUCGACGUGCCUCGGUGGGCCGAUCCUAGGAUCGAGGCCAAAUUGCGGUGUCAAUACGAGCGACAGCCUGGCGAUCCAGCGCUGCACUCCGUCAAGUGGUACAGAGGGAAACAUGAGAUUUUUCGAUACACACCCCAAGAGUUUGAAACGCGAGCAUUCAACAACACCGGAGUAUCAGUGACAAAUAGUUCCUGUGACUCUUUACUGUGUGUGAUCACAGUAAGACCAGAACCAGGCACUGCCAAGUAUACCUGCGAGGUUUCCAGCGAAGGACCACGUUUUGCAGUUGACAGACGGUCCGCCAACAUGACACUAGCUGUAUUGCAAGAAUACGACCCGCUAAUAACGGGCUUACCCACCAUAGUGCAAGCAGGGGACGAAGCAAUUGUAAACUGCACAUCGGAUCAUACAUUACCACCGGCCAGGAUAGACUGGUUCGUGGAUGCGGAGUUACAAGAGGAUCCACUUAUAACGGGGGUGACCCACGUCUCGGGCGCAGAUGCAGAUGGAUUACAGGCGUCGUGGCGAACGCUGCAGGUCUUCCCAGACGACUAUUCGUCACACCGCGGUUACUUGUCGCUGGAGUGUCGCGCGACAUUACCCACUCGACCGCUCAAUAUACGCAGUAUGGCUGUUCGCCUGUUCGUCGCAAGUCGUCCCCACAUAUCCUCUUCUAUGUUAAGUAAAAAUAGUGUAUCUAGCUGUAGUACGCUACGGGGUCAAGCCGGUUUUAGUAUGAUAUUAUGGACAAUAUAUUCGCUGCUAAGAAGACAAGUGACCUUAUUAGUGAUAUAG